GACCCAGUGGCUGCAACUGCGUGCCCUUAUCUCUCCACACCACAUUGCGCCUGUGUUCCGCUUGCUCCCCAUACUAAGCGCCACACUGGACGUGAUGUGGAAUUAUAUAGACCUCACUUCCAGCUUCCACACAGCACUUAGUGGAUCUAAAACCUCAGACAUGGGUGACCCUCGACAAAAUGGCUCCACACACAGGCCUCCUCUAUCAACAACACUCCGGCAAUGGUGACAUCAAGAAUUAACAUCGCCAAAUGAGUGGAGUCGUUUCGGUACUCUGUCUCCAGAUACCAUUAGGCCUUUGCAUUUUUACAAAUUGAGGAUAUUUCUUACGAACGGUCGACUCAAUAAUAACCGCUGAAAUGAUGGAAAAACUAAAACCAGAGUUUGGGCAGCUGAGUCCAUUGGGAAAAGAGUGCAAGUCGCCACAACAGCACGACAGUCGGACUACUUCCAUAGCAGGUCGUGCCACUGAGGAGGGGGGCGAGGCUGGUGGUGAGACACAGGAAAACACGACGUCGGCUUCGCAGGAUUCUUCUGAGAGGAAGCAUGUCCCAGGGGAGCAAUGCAACGGGACUACCCUCAUUAAUUGCGUUACCAAGGAAACGGCGUACCACAGCGAGCUAAAAAAGGAAGUACCGGUUAUCGAAUUGGCCAGGAGAGGAGGGCCUGUCGGUAUAAAAGCUAGGGAGCUGACCACCGACGGCAAUCAAAAGGUACAGACAACCGAACUGCGCAGACCGCCUAUACCCCUGCCACUGCCUCCCCAGGACCCGUUGAGCGAAACUCGAAUGGUGCAGUUGAGCCCACCCGCAUUUCCUCUGCCCGCACGUGCGAUGCUGUACAGUAACUUUUCACAACCGCUCGUCACCAUGGCUAGUGGAUACGCUGGCGAGACCGAACAGUACGGCAUGUAUCCCAGCCAUGGGAUCAAACGACGACCAGCGCCUUAUGAGAUUGAAAUCAACGAUGGCAAUGGCUCACAGCCCAAAAUCGUGCGCCGCAUCUUCACCAACAGCCGGGAGCGCUGGCGCCAGCAGAACGUUAACGGGGCCUUUGCCGAGCUCCGCAAGCUCAUCCCUACUCACCCACCGGACAAGAAGCUCAGCAAGAACGAGAUCCUGCGACUGGCCAUGAAGUACAUAAACUUCCUGGCCAAGCUCCUGGAUGACCAGGAUGGUGUGGUGGGGGGAGACGACAGCGUGGUUGGGGCACGGGCCCGCGAGGGCCGAGAGGAGACCCUGGUACGAGAAGACAUCCUCCAGGGGAUGAUGUCGCCAGGCAACUCCAGCUGCGGAAGUCUGCUAGACGGCGACGGGAGUCCGGAGAGUUAUACCGAGGACCAGGACUCGUCUGUGGAGUCUCGAAUGACCAGGAGCAUCCUUCAUAAAUCUGGACUCCAUAUGGACGAACACAACCAAAGAUGACUCAGGGCUUUCUCUAUGGCUGUGGUUCCCAAUGGUCCGCGAGUACCCCCAAAUGCACACGUUUUCGUCGCAGCGCUGGACAACAAAUUCAAGUCAAUGAGGGCGCGCUAAUUACUACACAGGCUGAAUCUGCUGUGCUUGGCUGGGGUUACAAUAAACACGGGUGCACAGGCACUGAAGUUGGGAACCACUGCUCGAUGGGGAGAAGAAUGAGUAUGAGGCACAGAAGGUCAGCCAUGUUCCACCAGUCUGGAGAGGAGUGGGGUCGAAAGGGUGGCUCCAGUGGCAAUGCAUUUUGGGGUUUGCGUACGGACCUUCUUUCCAUUAGUUACAGGCUGUCUUUUCUGAAUGUGUUUUCAGAAGAGUGUGCUCUCUGCUGAAACAUCAGGCUUUGUCCCAGCUGCUGUUGUAAGCAGGUGAUGGAUGGGUAGUCAUGACGGAAUUCAUUUACAUCGAAAGGUUUUCUAGUGAAGAAAAUAAUUGAAAAACAGUGACAGGAAUUUCUGAUAAAGGCAUGAAUCUCAAGACGGUACCUCUUCUUGCCUGAGGUCAACAUUUGCUUAUAGGUACACUGCUUGACAGUGCUUUAAGACUCUUUAAAUGAGAAUGAGAACUGUGUUCUUUAAUACUACUAGAGACUGUACUUCCUUUACGUGAUUUAUUUUCAUCACAGAAUGCUCUGAAGCCUAUAUUUUAUUUUAAUACUUAUAAUUUUGGGUUAUCAAAUGAUAAUGUUCAUAUUUGAAUUGCAGUAAUGGUUUUCAUGAACAUCAGUUGUUUUAGAUGACACAGUAUCACUAAACACUAAUAGUUUUGUAGUAGAUAACUGAUAAUGACCGACAAUCGGUCAAGACAACCAAGUGGGAGAUCUCUGUGUUGUUGUCAAUGUUUAUUUUGGGAGAUAACAAAAUGUUUAAAAGUGUACUUGUUAAUGUGAUAUUCACAUAAACUCUAUUUUACAGAGGGGGCAUGGGGGAUCAAUUGCAUUUUCAUAAUUAAAUGCUUGAAUGCUAAUUAGAAAUGUAAAAAUUACAAAAUGAUUUUAUUAGGAGUGGCUGUGGCCAGGCACACAAAUACUGAUCUAUGUUAGCUGAGGAUGAAAACAAAGGAGACUCCUGCCCAGUAAUAGAACAAGAAAGAGUUAAUUGCAAUGUGAGAGGUACAAGCAGUCUGCUCUACUUGUACAUCCAAACAGACCUGUACAUUAGCAUGGAGCAAUGACAAUGUAAUUUCUGUCCUGCUUCUUUCAUUGUGACCAUGGUACAUUGAAUUAUGAAAAGCUUUGCAUUCAUGCCUUUCAUUUUUGUUUUAUUGAUAACAUUAAUCAAGUGUUUAACCACUGUAUCUGACAUCAUGUACAUCUGCCAUUUCAGCAGACCAUCGAGUAACCAGAAAUGGUACCUUUAAUUCUUUGAUGUAUUAAACAUGAAGGGUUUUAUUUUUAGUGUGAUAUUUAGUAGGAAAAUACCCUUUGCUGUAAGAUGAUUAUAAAGACAUCUAUGAAUAUAUGCGCUGUUAUCACACUGAAUUUUAUAAACCCACAAAAUAAAGAAAUUAAGAGAAAUA